AUGGCCACCAUCACCUGCACCCGCUUCACGGAAGAGUACCAGCUCUUCGAGGAACUGGGAAAGGGAGCCUUCUCAGUGGUGCGCAGGUGUGUGAAGGUGCUGGCUGGCCAGGAGUAUGCUGCGAAGAUCAUCAACACCAAGAAGCUCUCGGCCAGAGACCAUCAGAAGCUGGAGCGCGAAGCCCGCAUCUGCCGCCUGCUGAAGCACCCCAACAUCGUCCGGCUCCACGACAGCAUCUCCGAGGAGGGACACCAUUACCUGAUCUUCGACCUGGUUACCGGUGGGGAGCUGUUUGAGGACAUUGUGGCCCGGGAGUAUUACAGUGAGGCUGAUGCCAGUCACUGCAUCCAGCAGAUCCUGGAGGCCGUGUUGCACUGCCAUCAGAUGGGUGUGGUGCACCGGGACCUGAAGCCGGAGAAUCUGUUGUUGGCCUCCAAGCUCAAGGGCGCUGCGGUGAAGCUGGCGGACUUUGGUCUGGCCAUAGAGGUGGAAGGGGAGCAGCAAGCAUGGUUCGGGUUCGCAGGGACGCCGGGAUACCUCUCCCCGGAAGUGCUGCGGAAGGACCCGUAUGGGAAGCCUGUGGACCUGUGGGCCUGUGGGGUCAUCCUCUACAUCCUGCUGGUUGGGUAUCCCCCAUUCUGGGAUGAGGACCAGCACCGCCUGUACCAACAGAUCAAAGCCGGCGCCUAUGAUUUCCCGUCACCAGAAUGGGACACUGUUACCCCAGAAGCCAAGGAUCUGAUCAAUAAGAUGCUGACCAUCAACCCAUCCAAACGCAUCACGGCCGCUGAGGCCCUCAAGCACCCCUGGAUUUCGCACCGCUCCACUGUGGCCUCCUGCAUGCACAGACAGGAGACCGUGGACUGCCUGAAGAAGUUCAAUGCCAGGAGAAAACUGAAGGGAGCCAUCCUCACCACUAUGCUGGCUACCAGGAACUUCUCUGGAGGGAAGAGUGGAGGAAACAAGAAGAAUGAUGGUGUGAAGAAAAGAAAGUCCAGUUCCAGCGUUCAGUUAAUGGAAUCUUCAGAGAGUACCAACACCACCAUUGAGGAUGAAGACACCAAAGUGCGGAAACAGGAGAUUAUUAAAGUGACAGAGCAGCUGAUUGAAGCCAUAAGCAAUGGAGAUUUUGAGUCCUACACGAAGAUGUGUGACCCCGGGAUGACGGCCUUCGAACCUGAGGCCCUGGGGAACCUGGUCGAGGGCCUGGACUUCCAUCGAUUCUAUUUUGAAAACUUGUGGUCUCGGAACAGCAAGCCCGUGCACACCACCAUCCUGAACCCCCAUAUCCAUCUGAUGGGUGACGAGUCGGCUUGCAUCGCCUACAUCCGCAUCACACAGUACCUGGAUGCGGGCGGCAUCCCCCGCACGGCCCAGUCGGAGGAGACCCGCGUCUGGCACCGCCGGGACGGCAAAUGGCAGAUCGUCCACUUCCACAGAUCUGGGGCGCCCUCCGUCCUGCCCCACUGAAGGACCAGGCCGGAAGCCCUGUACCGCAGAGAUUUACUCUUCGUUCAUGGAAUGUGG